ACUUCCUUUUCCCAUCGACCGCCAUCGAGUGUACCUGGUCUCUGGUGGUUCAUUAUGCAGAUUUUUGUAAAGACCCUCACGGGCAAGACCAUCACACUUGAGGUCGAACCCAGUGAUACUAUAGAGAAUGUCAAGGCUAAAAUUCAAGACAAAGAAGGUAUCCCCCCAGAUCAGCAAAGAUUGAUCUUCGCUGGCAAGCAGUUGGAGGAUGGAAGAACCCUCUCUGAUUACAACAUUCAGAAGGAAUCUACCCUCCAUCUUGUAUUACGUCUGAGGGGUGGGGCCAAGAAACGUAAGAAGAAGAAUUACACCACACCAAAAAAGAACAAACACAAGAAGAAGAAGGUUAAAUUGGCUGUCCUUAAAUACUACAAGGUUGACGAGAACGGUAAAAUCACCAGACUGAGACGUGAAUGCCCCAAUGAGGAAUGUGGUGCUGGUGUGUUCAUGGCUAACCAUUUUGACAGACAAUACUGUGGAAAAUGUUGUCUUACAUAUGUUUUCAACAAACCAGAGGCAACAAAAAAAUAAAUACACAAUAAAUUAUUGAAGAGAAAAA